CAUUCUUCCUGUUAGAUCCAUAAUGACAUCAGUUUCCUGCAUGUGCUUACAGUUGUUUCAUGAUUAUUUCAGAAGUCAUGAACGCUGCUUCACUGGUCCAGAGGUUAGCAGGGAUUUCUGGAGCACUUGCUAUCGCAGCAGGUGCAUAUGGUGCUCAUGGAUUCAGACACAGCGAAGCGAGUGAUUACCAGAGAGAGUUGUAUGAUAUGGCAAACAAGUAUCACAUCUACCACAGUCUGGCGUUGUUAGGAGCCGCUCGCUGUAGAAAACCUGCUCUGGCAGGUGCAGUCCUCCUCGCUGGCAUGGGUUGCUUUUGCGGUCCUCUCUACCACCAGGCCUUAACCAAUGACCCCAGCUUCAGCAAGCUGGCACCAAUUGGAGGCUCAUUGCUCAUCGUUGGCUGGGCUGCUAUGGCUCUUUGAACUUUGACCCCAUUUGGCUGACCUUGACCCUGUGAUUUCAACAUUCUCAGAGUUCGUUCCAUUUUGCAUUUAAACAAGAAAAGAAGAGCUACAGGGUGGAUGAAGAAGAGAGGGGUGGAGAAUUUCACAUCUUAUCUAACCCCUUUUCAGUCAUGUCUGGAAAGUGGUGAUAAGGCUUUGGGAUCAAACAUAGUUCUUUUUUUUCCCACACUGUCACAGGCAUCUUUAUUUUGUCAGCAUAAGAAAAAAAAAAAGCUUUUAAGAAGCUUUCCUUUAUGGCUUAUUAUUGAGAGUGAAUGAGUCAAACUCUGGGUUUGUUCAUGUCUUGAAAGUGUAUGUACAUGAUUUUUCUUUGUUUGAAAAAAUAAAGCUGUCUGCGAAGUUGAUUGCCA